CUCGGGCUGACCCAAAUUUGUUAACUUUGUCCCAACCGCCCCCUCCAAUCAUUUUUUUAUGGUUGGAUUUAACCACACCAUUGUCUCAUCAAUAAUUAAAGCCUCUCUGAUCAUGUGAUUCUCUCUACAACUUAAAAGCUGAAAGAAAACCCCCCUCAAAUGAACAGUUUGUAGCAGAAAUCUAGGUGUGAGAAAGAGAGGAGGUGUGGAACACAAAUGCAGAUUACAUUUGACUCUUUCUCUCUGCAUUGUCUCCUUAAACCUCACCACUGUUUGCAAUAAAUACUAAUGACUGUGUGAGUGUGUGUUUUUUCUUGUGUGUUGACAGUGUGAGAGACUCUGCCCCCAAUUUGUUCUGUCUUGCAGAAUUCGUACUUUGAUUGAACAGGGCUCUUCUUAUUCUUUUCCUCUUUUUUCCCCCCUCUGUUGACACAGCAGAGAAUUCAGAAGAUGAAGUAUAUCCGUACUGCCAGCUUAAAGCGGCUGUUUUCUCUCAAGCGUCUUGAUGAAAGCCCAAAAGGGUGUGAUUUCACUGAAGAAAAAAACAUUCCUGACAAAAAUCCCAAAACAGAUUCUGUUAAUCCUGUUCCUGAACUUCCUUCCAUAGCACCUCCUCAGAGGCCUGCCUGGAAAUGCUUCUCUUAUGCAGAAAUCUUCGAUGCCACCAAUGGUUUUUCCAAAGAAAACAUGGUUGGAAAAGGAGGCUUUGCCGAGGUUUACAAAGGAGUGCUAGAAGAUGGCCAGGCAAUUGCUGUCAAAAUGCUGACAAAAGUAUCUAAUGAUGAGAGGAAAGAAAAAGAGUUCUUGACAGAGAUUGGGACAUUGGGUCAUGUCUGCCAUCCAAAUGUUACCGCAUUGCUUGGUUGCUGUAUUGAUAAUGGACUUUACCUCGUUUUCCAAUUCUCCUCCAAAGGCUCUGUUGCCUCUGUUCUUCAUGAUGCCAAAUCUCCUGUUAUGGACUGGAAAACUAGGCAUCAUAUUGCUGUUGGAGCUGCUAGAGGCCUACAUUAUUUGCAUAAAACUUGUCCAAGACGAAUAAUUCACAGAGACAUCAAAUCUUCAAACAUCUUGUUAACUGAAGAUUUUGAACCACAGAUAUCUGAUUUUGGGCUUGCAAAAUGGCUUCCAUCCCAAUUGACUCAUCAUUCAAUUGUUCCAAUUGAAGGCACAUUUGGCCACUUGGCACCAGAGUACUUUAUGCAUGGAGUUGUGGAUGAGAAGACAGAUGUAUUUGCAUUUGGGGUGUUUCUGUUGGAGCUGAUAUCUGGCAAGAAACCAGUUGAUGGAACACAUCAAAGCUUACACAGCUGGGCAAAACCAAUAUUGAGCCGUGGGGAGAUUGAAAAAGUUGUUGAUCCAAGACUCGAAGGAGAAUAUGAUGCUAAACAGCUUCAUAGACUUGCAUUUGCAGCUUCUUUGUGCAUUAGAGGUUCUGCAAUUUGGCGUCCAACUAUGAGUGAGGUAGUUUUUUAUUUACUUCUUUCUCUAUUCAAUUUCUUGAUUUUACUGCUAACUUCCUCCGUUCUAAAAUAAAAAUAAUCUUUAUCGAACUGUUAUAUCAUUUUGGGACAAAAAUACAGCACCCUUUAUAUGUCUUUGACAUCUUUAGCAAGAAAUUGACAGAAAAAGGGCAUUUUAUAGACAUUAUUAGGAAAAAGGAGUAAAGCAUAAGCAUAUGGUGAAAUUUAAUUAUCAAAAUUCAAAAUAUAAAUACAUAAAACACUAUGGUUGUCUCACUAAGUUGCGUGAAUAUUGCUUACCGACGGGGCAAUAAAAGUGAAUUCAUGAAUCUGACUGAGCCAUCCUAGUUGACCCACAAAUCUACACAAUUCUGACUAAUUUACAGAAGACAAGAUUUGUGAGUAUCAAACACUUUUAAUUUGUCUGCUUAACUUUUGUUUGAUCUCAAGCGAUUAAAAAGAAUUUGUACUGUUAUUAAGUAUGCAUAAGAAGACUUUUUAUGUGCAAUUUGAUGAAGUAAAACAUAAACUAAGAUUUAAAAUCCUUAAUUAAUAUAGUUGUUGGUGAAUGUCCUGAUUAGAAGCAUGAGUUGAUCCCCAUCAUCACAAUGCAAAUUCUUGAAUGUUUAUUUAUUUUUUUUGCUUGAUGUAGUAUCUUACCAAACCAAAGAAAAGUCCUUUUUAUGCUGUAAUUGACAUAAAAAUGUGGCCCUUUCCAUGUGAACAUUACUUAGAGCCAAAAACAACGUCCCAAAUUAUUUACUAUAUUGGUAUAUUAGGUAGGACCAAUGUCUUAAUCAAAUCACCUUUUCUUUUUCCCUCUUAACCCAUAAUAAUCCAAUCCACUGUGUCACGAACUCCAUUCAUAUACUCCACCUGGAAUUUCAGAACUCAAUGUGAACUAUUUUUAAAAAAAUCAAACCGCAUUUGGAAUGGACGGGGCUAAAGUUUUUCGUUCUCUCAAAUGAUAAAUACUACAUGUGUUGUUGUGCAACUAUUUCACCUAAUUGUAAAAAUGGCAUUUAUAACUUAAGACUGAUGAAAAGUACUGUGUGUUCACAGGUAUUGGAGGUGAUGUUGGAAGAGGAAAUAAAUGAGGAAACAUGGAAGAUGCCGGAACAGGAAGAGGAGCAGGAGGAAUUUUGGGGAUUUGAGGAUCUUGAAAGUGAAUGUGAUAGUUCUUUCUCCACCUCUCCACAUGACUCGAUUUCAACUGGUGGAAGUUCUUAAGUAAUUUAAUAUAAGAUAAGAAGAAGAAGAAGAAAGAAGAGUGUAGUACCUAAACAACUGUAGGAGUAGUUGACUUGUAAAUAUGAGAGACUUUGGAAUAGGUCUAAAAUUAAAAGACACAACUAUUGUCUAUUGUAGUAGUCGUAUCAUGUUUAUCUGCUUCUGCAGGAAAUGCAUGAAAAUUUUGUGACAUCGAUCAGUGUUCUCUUUGCAAUUAACAAUUUCAAAA